AAUGGAAUCGAUUCGACGACUCCAAACCAACUUCUAUUUUAAACUUUUUAAUGGGAAUAAAAAGUGAAUUAGAAAGAAGCAUUCACAACAAAACUCCCAGAAAAUCAAGCAGAACAUGAACAAGGAAUUGAAUCGAAGAAAUGCAAAAGGGUGAAGUGGGUAAUAUAAACCACGCCGUUGACGACUGUUGAGGCUUAAUGAUCAGAUCUCUUUUGUGUUCUUCCUGCUUUCUGGGGAUUUCAUUUCCUCUCUUUCUCUUUCACUGCUCGCUUCACACCCAGCUCUGUUCUUCAUUGCCCAGGCAUUGGGGUCGGAAAUUCAGCUUCGUUUUGCAGUAAAUCCUUUUCAGUUUCUGCUAAUUAGUCAACAUUCUUCAUGGAGCAAGCCCCAACUGCUAAUUAUGUUCAACGUGUUGAACUACUUGAUGCAAACGAGGACGAUCAUGGAGGCGUUAUUGUGGAAUUGGAUAAACCUAUGAACUCUGAGGUCUUUGUACCUAUCCUUAGAGCUUCAAUUGCACAUUGGAAACAACAGGGAAAGAAAGGCGUUUGGCUUAAACUGCCCAUUGAGCUUGCUAAUCUUGUUGAAGCUAUUGUCAAGGAAGGAUUCUGGUAUCACCACGCCGAGCCGAAGUAUUUGAUGCUAGUGUACUGGAUACCUGAAGGUGCUCAUACUCUUCCUGUAAAUGCUACUCAUCAAGUUGGCAUUGGUGCCUUUGUCUUGAACGAAAACAAAGAGGUACUCGUGGUUCAGGAAAAGAGUGGAAUAUUCCGAGGGACUGGUGUAUGGAAAUUUCCCACAGGAGUUGUUGAUGAGGGGGAAGAUAUAUGCAAAGCUGCAGUGAGAGAAGUCAAAGAAGAGACUGGUGUCGACACAGAAUUCAUUGAAGUUUUAGCAUUCAGACAAACUCACCAAACAUUCUUUGGGAAAUCAGAUUUGUUUUUCAUUUGCAUGUUGAAACCAUUGACCUUUGAAAUAAGCAAGCAAGAACUGGAGAUAGAGGAUGCGCAGUGGAUGAAACUCGAGGACUACACCGCUCAACCGUUGAUCCAGAAACACGAAGUAUGGAAGUGUAUCAACAACAUUUUUAUCACAAAGAUCCAGAAGCAAUAUUCUGGAUUUUUUCCUGUGCUCACUUCCGAAGCGUUUUCAAGUAAAAAAAACCUUUUGUACCUAAACAAAAACGACCUGAACAUGCGGUGAGGCCUCGUCAUCUGUCCUUAAUAGAUUCUAUUCUUCUUGACCGCUCAUCAUGUAUACAUUAUUUGCCAUGUAGAUUGAAUCUUGUUUCUUUGCUUCAUUUUUUAGACCAUUGGACCAUACCCUUGCUUCUAAUAUUUAAAACAGGAAAGUUUUGUGCUCCCCUAUGGACUGUUGAUGGGAAUAAGAGGGCAAAAAUUUUGAAUCUGAUGGUUGUAAUGUCUCACCUCCAUAUGGUUAGAAAUAGAAUCAGUUUCAUUCAA